ACCAUGGUUUGGUUAGCGGUGCUCUUAUUUAUUGUUGGCUCCGCUGUGGCAGGGAAUACUCAUGAUGACAUAAAAAUACGUCUGUAUUCGGUAGAUGAGAGUUAUGAAACAUGGAGUCUGCAUGAAGCUGGAGGUUUAUUCUAUGAUGAGAAGUACAACUCAGCACUAGACAUGGUUGUGAUUAUCCUCGGAUAUGACACAGACCAGGACAAUAUGAUACUGCAAACAGUCCAAGCAUUGUUGAGCCGAAAACUUCAUGAAAAAUACAACAUCGUAGCGGUUGACCUUCCACAACAAUUUUCAUUCAAUGUUAAGAACUUUUUCUACAUCAGGCCAGCAAUUAAUGUACAGUCAGUAGGAGAAGCUCUGGGAGAUUUCAUAAAUGCUGCGUGUGACGCUGGCUUCAUCACUCCAGCUAAGAUAAAUGUGGUUGGAUUCAGCCUCGGAGCUCAGAUAGCUGGAUACUUGGGACGUAGGGUCAACGGACUAAUCCAAUCCAUCACAGGUGUUGAUCCAUCAGGUAUCGGGUUUGACUGGAGUAGUCCAGUGACAGGUCUGGCCCAUGUGUCCAGUGAAGACGCUCAGUUUGUACAUAUCUAUCACUCCAACUCUGCAGUUUUCGGUACCCAGGAACUAUCAGAUGUUUACUGUAAUGCUGUUGUUUCUACAGGUGUUGAUCCAUCAGGUAUCAGGUUUGACUGGAGUAGUCCAGUGACAGGUCUGGCCCAUGUGUCCAGUGAAGACGCUCAGUUUGUACAUCUUUAUCACUCCAACUCUGCAGUUUUCGGUACCCAGGAACUAUCAGAUGUUUACUGUAAUGCUGUUGUUUCUACAGGUGUUGAUCCAUCAGGUAUCGGGUUUGACUGGAGUAGUCCAGUGACAGGUCUGGCCCAUGUGUCCAGUGAAGACUCUCAGUUUGUACAUCUUUAUCACUCCAACUCUGCAGUUUUCGGUACCCAGGAACUAUCAGAUGUUUACUGUAAUGCUGUUGUUUCUACAGGUGUUGAUCCAUCAGGUAUCGGGUUUGACUGGAGUAGUCCAGUGACAGGUCUGGCCCAUGUGUCCAGUGAAGACGCUCAGUUUGUACAUGUCUAUCACUCCAACUCUGCAGUUUUCGGUAACCAGGAACUAUCAGAUGUUUACUGUAAUGCUGUUGUUUCUACAGGUGUUGAUCCAUCAGGUAUCGGGUUUGACUGGAGUAGUCCAGUGACAGGUCUGGCCCAUGUGUCCAGUGGAGACACUCAGUUUGUACAUCUCUAUCACUCCAACUCUGCAGUUUUCGGUACCCAGGAACUAUCAGAUGUUUACUGUAAUGCUGUUGUUUCUACAGGUGUUGAUCCAUCAGGUAUCGGGUUUGACUGGAGUAGUCCAGUGACAGGUCUGGCCCAUGUGUCCAGUGAAGACGCUCAGUUUGUACAUCUCUAUCACUCCAACUCUGCAGUUUUCGGUAACCAGGAACUAUCAGAUGUUUACUGUAAUGCUGUUGUUUCUACAGGUGUUGAUCCAUCAGGUAUCGGGUUUGACUGGAGUAGUCCAGUGACAGGUCUGGCCCAUGUGUCCAGUGAAGACGCUCAGUUUGUACAUCUCUAUCACUCCAACUCUGCAGUUUUCGGUACCCAGGAACUAUCAGAUGUUUACUGUAAUGCUGUUGUUUCUACAGGUGUUGAUCCAUCAGGUAUCGGGUUUGACUGGAGUAGUCCAGUGACAGGUCUGGCCCAUGUGUCCAGUGAAGACGCUCAGUUUGUACAUCUCUAUCACUCCAACUCUGCAGUUUUCGGUACCCAGGAACUAUCAGAUGUUUACUGUAAUGCUGUUGUUUCUACAGGUGUUGAUCCAUCAGGUAUCGGGUUUGACUGGAGUAGUCCAGUGACAGGUCUGGCCCAUGUGUCCAGUGAAGACGCUCAGUUUGUACAUCUUUAUCACUCCAACUCUGCAGUUUUCGGUACCCAGAAACGCCUUGGCACAGCAGAUUACAUGUUCAACACGGGAGAGACACAACCUGGGUGUAAUAGUCUACUUGACCCAUUCUGUAGUCAUAUGCGAGGCUUUUACUACUACGUAGAGGCUCUCCGUAUCACUCCAGGACUUCCAGCUCUGCAGUGUAACAAUCACAGCCAUCUAGAUCAUUGCAAGUGCCAAGGACACAAACUCUCCUAUGUAGGCUUCCCUCCCGAUAUUAGUGCAAAAGGUUUGUUUGUCCUCCGUACUGGGGACAAGCCUGCGUACAGUCUGGGAAAGAAUGGAAUCACAGGGACAAAGUGUAAGAGCAAAACUUCAAACUUUGACUUCAGAAUGGUCCGACACUACAAUGCUAUGAUGCACAUGUUGAAGGAGAAGAAAUCGGAUGAGAAAAAACAUUUGGUGAAAAAAGAAAUCACUCACAUAUUGAAGGAGAAGAAAUCUGAAGAGAAAAAACACUUAGUGAAAAAGGAUAUGCUGAUAGACUAAAAUACAUUGUUUUCAUGCAGAAUUUUUCACAAAGUAUGUCUAUUAAAUCUGAGACAACA